CACGAAACCACUCAUAUCCAGAACAAUGAUGAAGAACAUCAUUGGACAUGCAAUUUAUCAAUUGGUUGUUAUAUUUUUUCUUUUGUUUGGAGGUGACAAAUUUUUUGAUAUCGAUUCUGGACUGCACGUCUCGCUGAACUCCUUUCCCACACAACAUUUCACUAUAAUAUUCAACACAUUUGUAAUGAUGACACUAUUCAAUGAAGUGAAUUCACGCAAAAUACACGGCGAGAGGAAUAUAUUCGAGGGACUGUUCAGUAAUCCCAUAUUCUAUGGAAUAUUAUUCGUCACCGCAAUUGCUCAGGUCGUAAUCGUUCAGUGGGGCGGUCGGCCAUUCAAUACGGCGGCGCUGACCGUCGAACAGUGGAUGUGGUGUGUCUUAUUCGGCGCCGGUGUACUCUUAUGGGGUCAACUCAUCACAACGAUACCCACCAAACGCAUACCCAAACAGUUCACGUGGGGCUCCGGACCGCCCGACGAAGGCCUGGACGCCACCUCAUCGCUGGUCGAAGACGGCUCCAGCGGUUCCCUAUCGCAAGACGUGAAGCGCACGGGACAGAUACUGUGGAUCCGGGGCCUGACCCGCCUCCAGACCCAGGUAUGUCUCAUACAGUUACAUAACACCACUAUUUCACAACAACAGGCACAACAGUUGACUUUGAAACGGCAGAGCUUAGGUUCGCCGACAUCUCCUACCAGUGCGACAGCCACUACAUCUCUAACACAUAAAUGA